GCUUUAAAUGAUUUAAUUAAAUGAUUCUUUUGAAAAUUCGAAGUUUCGAACUAUCCGCUCGUGGGUAAUGUAACUUCACUGUUUACACCGUCGGAUAACCUCAAAGCUUCAAAAUAAAUAAACAGACCUGUUUAAUUAAAUUAGUGCGUAACUUUAAUGGCUUAGUUAAAAACACAUAUCGCAUUAUCAGCACAAUGUCGGAACCUAACUCAAGCUCUAACCAGUCCUUAUCGCCGGCACAAAACAACAAGGGAACAGAUCGACCGAAGUUGAAGAUCUUAGCUUUUCAUGGCUACAGACAGAAUGGGGCAGUAUUUAGGGCUAAGAUCGGAUCUUUUCGGAAAGCAGUAGCUAAAUAUGCUCAGCUAGUAUUCAUUUCUGCGCCUCACAAAGUGGUGAAUGAAGACGGCGGAGGUGAAGAAGAUUCCCGGUCAUGGUGGUUUAAUGCUGAAGACAACACAUUCAGUGGGAAAUGUCUUGGAGGGCCGGCGCUGGGCUUUGAGGACACAUUAGAGCUAAUUAAGAAAGUAGUGGAGGAUCACGGCCCCUUUGAUGGGUUCAUGGGCUUCUCCCAGGGAGCUUGUCUAGUAGGACUACUGGCUGCCAUGCAGCAGAAAGGAUAUUUACCCUACACAUUUAACUUUGCAAUAUUUGCAUCAGGGUUCAGGUCUGGCAGUUUAGUACAUAAGGGGUUCUAUGAUGAAGAGAUCACAUUGCCUUCAUUGCAUGUAUAUGGAGAGAGUGACUCUAUUAUACCAAAAGAAAUGAGUGAAUCACUCAUCAAUCUAUUCAUAAAACCAAUAGUAGCAGAACAUUCUGGAGGCCACUAUGUUGCCUGCUCUGGAGCCAUCAAGGAUGCUUACCAGGACUUCCUCAGUGACAGACACCAAGAGAUGCUGGAAGCUACUCAUGAAGAAGAAGAAAACAGUUCAUAGCAUAGUUCUCUGGGGCCAUAUCCGCUUUUGACUCGUCUUUUGACUCAACAUAAUGAUGGCCCUCAUUGGGAUUAUAUGUGAUAAUUCUGCAGGAAAAUGUAAUUUACAUUCAGCUAGUACUUACAAUUUUAUCAAAUUCGUUUAUUAUGCUAGUGUGAGCACUUUAUGCGUGAUUCGUCCCAGUAGAAUCUAAGUAAUAUUAAAAUUAAAUUGUUUAAUUGAA